AUGAGUCAUUUAGGGAACGGGAAAGAUCCUCCAGACAAGGAUGGCUCAAAAAAACAAUCAUUGGAAUAUAUGGACAAAACAAAUUGCUCUAAAUUGGAAACAAAUAAUUUGGAAAAUAUUCCAGAAAAUAAUGUAGCAAUAGAUGCAGAUAUGGAAAAUGACUCAGUAGUUGGGAUUAAAAUUUAUGCGGGAAACCAUCCUCCCAUUAACGUCAUAUCGUUAUACUCAACUAACAGGGUAUCGGCCUUAGAAUGGUAUAACUUCUUUAAAGCGAUUGCAAAACCAUGCAUUAUAGGCGGUGAUUUUAAUGCUCACCAUCUUGCCUUGGGAUCUGAAUGGACCCAUAAAAAAGGAGCGGAUUUGAUUGAGGCGUUGGAAAAACAUGAUUUGAUUUUUUUGAACGAUGGUUCCCCAACAAAAGUAAAGCUUCCGAACCAUGUAAGACAUUCUGCAGUGGACGUAACUCUAGUAUCUUCGGACUUAGCUUUAAAAUCAGACUGGAGGGUUUUAGAAGAUCCGAUAGGAUCCGACCACCUGCCAGUCCUUUUCUGUAUUAGAAAUACUUCAGUCGUAAAAAUUUUUAAUAAACCGGGCAAGUGGGAUAUAAAAAAGGCCAAUUGGUCUCUGUAUAAAGAGAAGUGGGAAGCAAAAGAAAAUAAAUCCAUCAUUCUGGAAAACUCCGGGAAUUAUGAUGUUCUUGUACGGAUAAUGAAUAAAGUGGGGAAAGAAAGCAUACCCCUUAAUCAGUCGUUUACUCCCUCUUGCAGAAAACUAGGCAAAACGUGGUGGGAUGAUGACUGCGCAAGAAUUGCUGAAAAACGUAAACUGGCAUUCAAAGCCUAUAAGAAACUCCCCACAAAACCCAAUUUCGAAAUUUUGAAAGAAUUGUCAGUUGAAGCCCACAGAGUCUUUCGGGAAGCAAAACGUGAAUCAUGGAAAUACUUUUGUUCCACGAUUAAAAGGUCCACGCCAAUUAAAGUAAUUUGGAACAAACUAAGGGUGAUAAAAAAUGUUCACACUCCUCAGCCGAUGCCCCAUAUGUAUGGUCAAUGGGUGGAGAAUGUUAUAUUGGCUCUAUGUCCCCAAGGUCCAUCUAACAAUGAAAAAGAGAUCUCCG